GGAAUUUUGAAACCCACCUCUACGAAGUAAGCGACCUCAAUCAUGGCGUCGGAGGAUAUCGCAGUGGAACGUUGUGUGACGGCUCUGCGCACGUCGUUGGAGGGCGAACUUUCAAGCACGCAGACGACCAUGUUUACUUCGAUCAUGACCACUGCCAUGCAGCACAUGGCGGACCCAUCGAAGCUCCUGCAUGCCGUGAUUUGGACGCUGCAGUCGAACCAGGUUCAAAUGAAAGCGGACAUUGUCACCAACGUGGUGGCCCGUCAGCGCGCGGUGCUAGCGGACAUGGCCGCGCACGUCGUGGUGGCGCAGCCAAGUUUGGAUUCGCAGGUGAUUAGUCGAGCAUUUGCGUUGCGCGCGGGGCUGUGCGGAUGGAUGUCGCAAGGCCUCCGCGCGAUAGCGGAGCUGGCGCUGAACGACAUGCAACGCUCCGUGGUGGAUAAGCGCGGCAACGACUGUCGUUCUGCGUUCGAACGUUUGUUGCGGACGUACAUGGAAGCGUUCCAGUUGGAAACACAGGGGGAGUCACUCGGCCAGCGCAUCGCCAAGCUCCAGGCGUUUCUCGAGCCGAGUUCGAACAGCGUGGAUCGGUCCUCUCAGACUGCGCGCCAGCGGCUCAUAUGGGGGUGCUACGGCAUCAAGAACGUCGGCAACGAGCGUUCGCAUGUGACAGGGGAGUUGACGAGCGAAGAUCAGAUGGAGAUCUGCGUCAGCGUCACAGCGCUUGCACGCACACUGCCAUUCAUUGCCGACGAAGUGGGGGUAGGGAGCACGGAUUCCCUUGUCCUUCGACCACCGCCGCCGGGCUUAGCCGCGCUCCCAAUGCCGCCAGUGUAUACCAGCGUAAAAAAGUCGGUCGUCCGUCCCGCCGCACACGAGACUACCGCGCCGCCGUCAGCCCAUCGGCCACCGCCGCCGCCUAGUCCUCCUCCGGCGAUGCCAGACAAACCUUCGUCGCCGUCGGAGUGGCACACGCCGCGAGCCCCGCCCCCGCGCCUCCAGUACUCGUUGAUUCAUGUCCGCCCCGAGUCGCUGCCGGCGUGGCCCGGGACCCAAAAGGUUAUGUUUGAACGCAUGCUCAAGCACAUGCGGAUGGUGUCUGAAGCAAACCUGUGCGCGUCCAAGCCGUGCCCGCGGUCGGACUGUGCCAAGUCGCACACGUUUGUCGACACGAUGCGCUACAACCCCCUCUUUAAGCUGUUUGUGUGUGGCAAACACGAUCAUUUCUGGGCCAAGGACGCCAUCGAACCGUCGGAUUGCGUCAAUGUGCACGUGCAGUUCAACGUGGCUGUGCCCUGGAUCGAUGAGAAGAAGGACAUGUGCAAACUCGGGCCGCGCUGUAAGCGGCCCAAGUGCGUCAAAUCACAUUCCCUCGCCGAAGCCUGCUGGUACAACCCUAACUUUAAAACCAAACCGUGCUCGUUUGGCAGCCAAUGUACGAGCUCGCCCGAGGGGUGCCGGGGCUACCACUAUGACAGUGGCCCCAACUGCGACCGGCGAUACCACCACGACGACUCGGACUAUGUAGGCAGCCCGUCGCCCAUGCUCUUCACGGAGCGUACGCACGCGGAAUUGGCCAAAGCCCUCGAACGUCAUAGCCGCCAGAUCGCCGUGUCACAGCUUUUCUAACCACCCUCCAGAUUUCCCCUUUUCUAACACCGAAUAAUGGUCCGUCGCCAUUGCUAAAUGGACGACGCGACACCUUUUUGCUAAUAAUACAUUGACGACAUUAACGUAAAAGUCCAAUU